AUGUGGUUCGCAAGGAGGCUGAAGGAUGCGACUGUUUACAGGGCUUCCAGCUCUGCCAUUCCCUGGGGGGGUGGCACCGGUGCUGGCAUGGGCACUUUGCUGGUCUCCAAGGUGCGGGAAGAAUAUCCGGAUCGCAUCAUGGAGACCUUCUCGGUGAUCCCAUCGCCCAAAGUCUCGGACACCGUGGUGGAACCCUACAACGCCACCCGGGCUGUUUUGAGCUUCCAUCAGCUGGUGGAGAACUCUGAUGAGUCCUUCCUCCUGGACAACGAGGCCUUGUAUGACAUCUGCUUUCGCACUUUGAAGCUUACGACACCCACCUACGGAGACCUGAACCAUUUGGUCUCUGCGGCCAUGAGUGGCGUCACCUGCUGCUUGCGCUUCCCCGGACAGCUGAUGCCUGGCGAGAAUCCAUGGAAUUGCGACCUGCGGAAGAUUGCCGUGAACCUCGUGCCCUUCCCACGGUUGCACUUCUUCAUGACGGGUUUUGCGCCCUUGACCUCACGUGGCUCCCAACAAUAUCGCGCACUCACGGUGCCGGAGCUCACUCAGCAGAUGUUCGAUGCUAAGAACAUGAUGUGCGCAGCUGACCCUCGCCACGGGCGCUACUUGACCGCCGCCGCCUUGUUCCGCGGGCGGAUGUCCACGAAGGAAGUUGAUGAGCAAAUGUUGAACGUGCAGAACAAGAAUUCCUCCUACUUCGUGGAAUGGAUCCCCAACAACAUCAAAGCCUCGGUGUGCGACAUCCCACCCAAGGGUUUGAAGAUGGCGGUGGCCUUCGCUGGGAAUUCCACAGCCAUCCAGGAGAUGUUCAAGCGCGUGGCAGAGUACUUCACAGCCAUGUUCCGGCGUAAGGCCUUCUUGCAUUGGUACACCGGUGAGGGCAUGGAUGAGAUGGAGUUCACCGAGGCCGAGUCCAACAUGAACGACCUGGUCUCGGAAUACCAGCAGUACCAGGAGAAGACGGGAACGUUCCACCCCAGAACCGUCGGUUUCGUCGAUCUGAUCAGUACCGGGUACGUACGAUACCGUGCACACGUUUUUACGUCGGGAAACUGA